AUGUCAGCGAGUUUUCCGCUGUCGAAAGCAUACUUCGUGGCGCUUUUCUGCGAAGCCAUCCUGCAUGGUAUCUUCACAGUAUUGGCCGGCGGUGCGGUGUAUCUGCUUCUUCUCUCGACGGUGCAUAUAGCCCUGUCGCUCCGCCAGAAUCUUAUCGCGUUCUUCGCCCAGCAUGCGGCUGAGGGUGCACUGAGUAUUCUCAACGACCAGGGGAACCCGAUAGUGUAUAUGCAAAUCCUUAUUGAGGUCGUCAACGAUUCAAUCGUGUGCUGGAGGGCUUGGGUCCUCUGGGGAAGAGACUACAGGGUCGUCAUUCCCCCGAUACUAUGUAUUUCGGGCGGCCUGGCAACAGGGAUCGGGAUGGUGCACGCCUUUGCGGUAUCCCCGCCUGGCCAGGAGGUCUACGACGCCGACAUUACAAGUUGGUUCUUGGCUUUCGGUGUCUUGACGUGCAUAUCGAACAUCUACUGCGUCGUGGCCAUCUCAGACGCCAGGGCGACGUUCCGCAACAUGCGCCAGUACAGUAGGGGCAUGGUGAUACGCGGCGGCAAGUACCACAGUGCGCUGCUGAUCAUCGUCGAGUCGGGUGUCCUGUACUGCGUGGUCCUCAUCAUCACAGUCAUCUUGUUCGCUUCGGACAACAACGGCGUCUACGUCAUCGCUGAUAUGCUCAGCCACCUGACGGGGAUCUACCCCACCGUGAUCAUCGUGCUCGUCAGCCUGAAGAUGACGUUCUACGACGACGUCGCCCGCGCGCAGAAAACGCUGACCACGUUCCAGGCCGAGGCCCCGUCCGGCGAGUUCAGGACGACGGUCGACUCCCGGAGAAGAGCGCGCGGCGCAGUCGAGUCUGGCGAGUCUGGCGAGACGGAGAGCACAUACGUCCUUGAGCCCAUGUCGUUCGCCCCGCGCCGGUCGCUCGACUUGCGAGGGGCAUUCCCAUCAAACGUUUCCGCUAAGGAGGACGGUCUUAUAUGUUAA